AGGGCUUGAAUGACGUCGGAGAGAAUCGACGUAAUUUUGUCAACAGAAAAAAAAGAAGCUCCACGGAUCGUGCAUGCGCAUUACACACCGACAGCGGGGACAAGCCAACAUUUUGGGUACACACCACUCCUGCUCAGCCCUCCCUGCUCCAGCCGAACCUCCGCACACACACACACGGCGUUUCAGUAAGCAAGAGGUGCAAGCACAGGCAUGGCGAACGUUGUGGACACCAAGCUAUACGACAUUUUAGGAGUUUCGCCGACCGCCACCGAAAAUGAACUCAAAAAGUCCUACCGCAAACUGGCCAAGGAGUAUCACCCUGAUAAGAACCCUGAUGCCGGAGAUAAGUUCAAGGAGAUCAGUUUUGCAUACGAAGUGCUGACCAACCCUGAGAAGAAGGAGCUCUAUGACCGCUAUGGCGAGCAGGGACUACGGGAGGGGGCUGGCGGAGGCGGGCCAGGCAUGGAUGAUAUCUUCUCCCACAUCUUCGGGGGAGGACUGUUUGGCUUCAUGGGGGGGCAAGGGGGCCGAGGGGGGCGUAACGGGGGCAGGCGGCGAGGAGAGGAUAUGGUGCACCCCCUCAAAGUUUCCCUUGAGGACAUGUACAAUGGCAAAACCACCAAACUACAGCUGAGUAAGAAUGUUCUGUGUAGCUCCUGUAACGGCCAAGGGGGCAAGGCGGGAGCCGUGCAGAAGUGUGUCGCGUGUAGAGGGCGUGGCAUGAGGAUCAUGAUCAGACAACUGGCGCCUGGCAUGGUCCAACAGAUGCAGUCGGUCUGCACAGACUGCAGCGGAGAGGGGGAGUUGAUUAAUGAAAAGGACCGCUGUAAGAAGUGCGAGGGGCAGAAGGUGUGCAAGGAGAACAAGCUUCUGGAGGUGCAUGUAGACAAAGGCAUGAAGCACGGCCAGAAGAUCACCUUCUCUGGGGAGGCCGACCAGGCCCCAAACAUUGAACCAGGAGACAUUGUCCUGGUGCUGCAGGAGAAGGAGCAUGAGUAUUUCAACCGUGAAAGCAGUAACCUUCAUAUGACCCAGCGCAUUGGCCUGGUGGAGGCUCUCUGUGGCUUCCAGAUCACCGUGGCACACCUCGACGGCCGCCAGCUUCUGGUCAAGAGCCCACCUGGCAAGGUCAUAGAGCCAGGCUGCAUCCAGGUGGUGAAAGGAGAAGGAAUGCCCCAGUAUAGGAAUCCCUUUGAGAAGGGAGACCUGUACAUGAAGUUUGAAGUUCAGUUCCCCGACAAUAACUGGAUUAACCCUGAAAAACUAGUCGAACUUGAAGACCUGCUCCCCGCGCGCGCCGAGCACCCCGUCAUCUCCGCCGACGUGGAGGAGGUGGAGCUCAGCGACUUCGACCGAGCCCAGGGGGCGGGCAGCGGCGCCCGGCGCGAGGCCUACAACGACAGCUCGGACGAGGAGGGGGGCCCGCACGGGCCCGGGGUGCAGUGCGCGCACCAGUAGGAGAGACCCGCGUACCGCCGACGACGACGACGACGACGACGACGACGACAACACAAACAACGACAUACGCACACAUCGACAUUCACACCUUGAGUACCACUGCUCCCACACAAGGCCCGAGUUGGCACAUAACGCGCACAUUCCUCUCUUUUCUCAAUCCCUGGGGGAAGGAGAGUCUCUUAACACCCGUCAUGCUCAUUCUCUCCAGUUCUAGUGUGGCUGGAUGUGUGACCAAUAUAAUGUUUAUGGGCCGCAGUGAUCGUCCGUCAUCCGCGAGGUGAAUAUUCCUUUAUCGGCUACGUUUAAUGAAACCCUCCGAAAAUCCAUGCUAGGCUUUUCCAUGUCACCGGGGCCACAUGCCCGAAUAGUGUAUAGAAUGCAACUAUUGCACCAUCUGCCAUCUUGUAUAAGGUGUAGUCUAGUCUUUCCCAUGCGAGCGCAUGGUACCGAAUUGCCGCAGAACUCGCACAUCCAGGUCCCGUGUCAAGAAUGUAGGAUGUUGCAUUAAGAUUUACCAACGCGACUUUCUGUACCUUGCAAAGUGUUCCUGCAAUCAAAGAUCCCAAAUUGGAAGGAUCUGACCUGAUGACAGCCGUCAAAGCAUGUCUUCACCUUGUACCGAGGUAAACGGGUGGGGCAUCUCGGCCCUUCCUGUCAUUUAAUGGGUUAUCUUGGAUCUGAGAAUGACCCAGCUUUUCUUUGACUACUAUAUUGAAUAUUGAUAUUGAAGCUUAAUAUAGGAGAUAUUUGUAGUAAUAACCAACGCGUCUUUGUUGGAUACCAUAUUUUCUCGGGUCAAUACCUCUUUAAGUUGCUGAGUGAGACAUUAAGAAUGCAACACAUGGACCCAAGUUUGAGUUGUACCUCUGUUUGAGUCGAAGACUCGUAUUAACGGAUAUGUCUGGGAGCCACGGUGGAAUGUUGCGUUUCCUGUAACCGGUUUUUAUUAUGUUUUGGGUUUGGACAUUAGAUCAAAUAGUUUUUAGAAGGAAAGGGCACUGAUAAUGGAUAAACAAAUAAGCACUUUCGACACUUAAGUCCAAUGACCAAGCACCGUCUGAUUAGGAAACCCUCUGUGCUUGACUCCUUCUCUGUUAAUAUGCAUCUUUGCCGUUAAGGAGGUGUGACGCCAAGCGAUUUGCCCAAGGACAUUUUGACACAACCCCUCUCCCAAUGAGCCUGUAAAUACUUGUUCUAGUGCUGAGGUGCAUCUACGGUCCAUUCUGAGGUCACAGCACUUAUGUUUCAAAAUAGCCUGUGGGUUUACCUGUUCUGUUGCUAAUGUUAUGUGGACAUAGAGGAGUGUGGACGGGAACCUCUCUAGGCUGGUGGCAUGUAUUGUAUCAUCUUAUUCAGGCCACAGAGAACCUACAGAAGACUUGAGGUCAAUUGCUAAUGAUUGAGCGUGUUUAUGCCUAUCUGUCAAGAUGAACUAUAUUAAAAAGUUACCAUAUAG